CGUCCUCGCACGUAUCUUCUUUGUAGCGAGCUAGCCUAGCUAGCUAGCCUCUUUCUGUCGCUUUGCAAAUAACGGCCAUAAUACGCGCUACGAAAUACAUCAUUCUAACCUUGCCCUUUACAUCAGGCUUAUAUUCUUCCUCUCAGCCGAGACAGUUAAGAAUGUACCUGUACGAAAAUUCCGAACGAUCAGUGUACACAUGGAACGCUGUGGAUGUGGAGAUUGACGGUCAUCUGCAGCACGGAUAUGUCAUCGGCCUGGAAGAGACGUCAGAGAACGACAGCACCCCGCCGCGUCUGAUUGUCGACUUUGGAUGCCCGACACAGCAGCAGGUGCUAGUUCCUCACGGGACGAUCUACGAUUGCUCCACACACUGGUGCAGCAAGGCUCGGGAGGGCGCCGCUGUACAAGUCCUGCUGCACGACAGCCCGCGGCGCCCCUGGAAAUGGUAUCCCGGGAAGAUGCUGAUCCCCUGGUUCAAGAACCUGAAUUGUGUGGCGCUGGUAGAAGUGAUGAUUGCCGGGCAGCGUCGUCGCGAACUCGUGCCACGUCGACAAAUUCGAGAUGCAGCUGUACAAAUCGCUCAACCAGGACGCCUUGCAGCAGACCAUUUCGUUAUGGACACCUGCAGCGUACCUGACGGCUACUGGACUACGGACCCCCAGUUGUCAGUGAUGCUUGUUCAACAAGUUCAGCGCAAAUUGCAUCUGCGAUUCAUCAAGGUUCUCAGUCAGGAAAUACACUAUUUACGGCGGCGCAAUGAGCGGCCCUUGGGAUACCAAAACCUGACAAGCGUGUUCGAAAAAGAGAUGGAUUCUUUACCUGUAUUUCACCGUGAAAUGCGCCAAACAACCGAAGAGUCGGAUGUUGAGCCAAAGCGCAAAAGCACUCUGCUUUUCUUUCGAAGCGGAUUAGAAUUGCCCUUAAAAGUGCUGAAGGAGAUCUUCCAUUCACUGGACACCGUCGACCGGCAGCGCUGCCGUCGCACCUGUCAACAGUGGGAAGGCAUUCUUACUUCGGAGGACCUGUGCCGAGAUUUGCUUGUUUCGCGGCAGCAGACCAGCUCCGCACUGCCCGUAACGUGGGACCGGAAUUACGCCAUGUACGGCUGCAUCGUCAAACACCUCACGCCCGCCACUCGCACCGUCUGUAUCCGCAAUCCCGAAGUGUCUGCCGGUCACCACUGGGACAUGAGAGUUUCCGAUGAAACACUGGACCUUAUUCGGAAAAUCGUGGACGACGCCGGCAGCCGACUUGACCGUAUCAUCCUGCACCAGCUGUCGGUGGGGAUCUCGCCGUCAGUGACCGAUCAGGGGAAGAACUGCGCGCUUUUCGCGCAGAUGACCGCGCAUAUCGUGAAGCUGCUGUCUUGUUGCGAUCGUUUGAUCUGGAAAGACGCGGUGGUCAGACUGCUAAACUGGGAAACCUGGCAAUGCUGGUGCCUGGUGGCGUUCGACAUUCCUGCUGCCGUCUUCACACCGGGACAUGUGGAUGAGGUGCACAUUGCGGACCUGUUGGAGCUGCAUCUGGGCUGCGAGGGGCCGCCGUUGGAUGUUGAUGGCAUUGGCCAGCUGAUGGCCUCCCACAUCGAUGAUAAAUUGAAGAAAGAGAAACUGAUGCAGGUUCUACAAUACUACCAAUCCUGCGAUCCGCGUCCGUCGGCGCAUUACCGAAAUCACGAGUGGACGCUGGAGAAUGUGACCCGCGUGGACGUGAGCAAGCUGAAUUUAUUCUGCUUGUAUGCCUUGUCGCGUUAUAUGCCGUUCUGGUGGCCCGAAUACGCGGAGGAUGACAGUGCACAAUCCAAAUCGGAAUCAGGGAAGGACAAGCGUAUGCAAUCCGAAGUCAAAGACAGCGAGCGCGUGCGGUGUGAAUCUGAAUCCAAGGACGAGUCUGAAUCUGAAUCCGAGGACGAAUCUGAAUCCGAGAACGGAUCGGAAUCCGAAAACGGCGAGCGUGAGGCGUCCGAAUCGGAAGCUAAGGACAGCGAGCGUGGUCAGUCUGAAUCCGAAGACGAAACCGAAUCUGAAUCCGACGACGAUUAGAAAUGCGAUUGGA